AUGCCCCUUUCUCGACAGUACGAUCAUAAUAGUAUGACGGAAGACGAAGAGAGUCAGAGUGAUAGCGAUGCCAGUUCCGUGGUGAGCGAGGUCUUUUCGGACGAUGAAUGUGAUGAUGAUUCUAGCAGCGACUCAGAAUUAGAGAGCGAGGAUUCGGAAGUUGAAAGUGAUUUCGAGGAGGAAGAUAAUCAAGAUCCUGGCCAGCUCUCUCAAGAAGACUAUCUUGCUAUAGCCAAGCAAUACUGUCAGCACGUUACUAUUAACCUGGUUCAACAAUGGUAUCUCAUCUCAGACUCUGAAGAAACAGUGCGUUUUCUGUAUGCAUACUUUAGCUGGCAGUGUGAUAUCUGUCACGGAAAAAAUGGUCGACAUAACCCAGGUAUCAAAGUUAAGAGCUCGCUUGAAACGUUUUAG